AGCCCUAUCUAUUGCAGUCUGCAGCCUUGUACUUAGAAUCGAGAAGAUGUUUGUUGUGAUAUUAAUUCUUGCAAGUGCUUCUGGAAUCCUGACUCAGAAGGAUAUGAGUGGCAAGGUGUUUUUCAUCCCCAAAGAAUCCAGUUCAUCUUAUGUGGUUCUUUACCCGAUGAAAAAUGGUCCUUUUGAAAGCAUUACAGUUUGUCUGAAAUCACAUUCAGCACUGACGCGAGAUUAUACACUUUUCUCUUUGGCGACAGCAAACAAAGACAAUGACUUCCUCUUGUAUCAGGAGAAACAAAACACAUUUUCUGUAUCAAUAGGCAACCAAGACUUGUUCUUCAGUAUACCACGCACUGCAGAAGUGAGGAGCAUCUGUGUGAGCUGGGAUUCUCUGACUGGAGAUGUGGUUGUCUGGGUCGAUGGAAAUCCAGAUCCUAGAAAGAUAUUUAUGAAAGGGUACAGAGUCGGUGCCAGACCCAUCAUUAUCAUUGGACAGGAACAGGAUAAUUAUGGGGGUGGGUUAAAUGUUUCUCAGUCCUUCGUAGGAGAGAUAAGUGAUAUUCACAUGUGGGAUAGAGUCCUGACCUCUCAGGAACUUAUGGAUGUUCUUUAUAAUAGGGGCAUGGUUGGCAAUGUAAUUAAUUGGUAUAACUUAUACUAUGAAACAAAAGGUGAAGUCAUUAUACUUCCACAAGUAUGUAAAAUUAAUUAUAAACCUGAAUAUUGUAAUUAUGUUCCUACAUAA